AGCACACGCUUGCGCACACAAUCAACUGAACACACGCGCGCACGCCCCCAAACACACCUACACUACACAGCUUCAGUGAACCGGUCCAAACCUCUACAGACUGGAAGCCUACACGGUGACGCUGCUGCGCACUUGUUAUCAUAACAAAGAUGACUGAAACUUGACCCGGAUUCCUGGCGAUGUGAGGAGUACCCAUCCCUGCAGGAGGCUCUGAAAUCCCAAGCCGCUGAUCCCUUCUGUGCCAACACAGAGAAAGGAUUUAGGGUUUGCACAGCUCUGGCUGGAGUUCAACUCCCUCGCCAGAGCUGCUCGGAAGUUACAGCGGAAUACAAAAGGAAGAGGAAAAAAACUUUACACAAAGCCAUCAAGCUUUUUCUUUGCUUCUUCUUAGUGGUGGCUACUCAUCGGUUGCCUCUUCACCCCUGUCCCCAAGGGAACUAUUAUCUCUUUAACCAGACCUAUCAGCUCAUUUAGCCACCUGUUUACUCAUCUCAAAAUGAACUCCUCCACCUCCAUCACGUCGUUGUUCUCCUUCACCAGUCCGGCGGUGAAGCGCCUGCUCGGUUGGAAGCAAGGUGAUGAGGAGGAGAAGUGGGCAGAGAAGGCUGUGGAUUCUUUAGUGAAAAAACUAAAGAAGAAGAAGGGUGCGAUGGAGGAGCUGGAGCGGGCCCUCAGCUGUCCUGGGCAGCCCAGUAAAUGUGUUACCAUUCCACGAUCACUGGACGGAAGGCUGCAGGUGUCCCAUAGGAAGGGUCUGCCCCAUGUGAUCUACUGCAGGGUGUGGCGCUGGCCAGACCUCCAGUCCCACCAUGAGCUGAAGGCCCUCGAAUGCUGCGAGUUUCCCUUCGGCUCCAAGCAGAAAGACAUCUGCGUCAAUCCCUACCACUACAGACGAGUAGAGACUCCAGUGCUUCCACCAGUUCUUGUUCCACGUCACAGUGAGUACAACCCGCAGCACAGUUUACUGGCCAAGUUUAGAAGUGCCUCCUUGAACAACGAGCCACUGAUGCCCCAGAACGCCACCUACCCAGACUCCUUCCCUCCACUGCCCUGCUCCUCCUUCUCCUCUUCAUCACCGGCUUCAUCCCUCGCCCAGUCGCCCACCUCGCAGAGUUUCCCCAACUCCCCCAGCAGCUCUGCAGAGCCUGGUAGUCCAUUUCACGUAACAGCUGAGACUCCUCCUCCUCCCUACAGCAUGAUGGAGACUAAUUCCCAAGAUGACGUUAAGCCAAACAACCCCACAGAAACUACUAAACUUACAUUUUCUGCUCCACACAGAGAUUUACGACCCGUGUGCUAUGAAGAGCCAGAGUACUGGUGCUCCGUAGCCUACUAUGAGCUCAACAACCGGGUUGGAGAGACUUUCCAUGCCUCGUCCCGUAGCGUCUUGGUGGACGGCUUCACAGACCCAUCCAACAACAAGAAUCGAUUCUGCCUUGGCCUGCUUUCCAACGUCAACCGCAACUCCACCAUCGAGCACACUCGCAGGCACAUAGGCAAAGGGUUACAUCUGUACUACGUGGGCGGGGAGGUGUACGCAGAGUGUCUGAGUGACAGCAGCAUCUUCGUCCAGAGUCGUAACUGUAAUUUCCAGCACGGCUUCCACACCACCACUGUCUGUAAGAUCCCCAGUGGCUGCAGCCUCAAGAUUUUCAACAACCAAUUGUUUGCUCAGCUUCUCGCUCAGUCUGUCAAUCACGGGUUCGAGGUCGUCUAUGAGCUAACCAAGAUGUGCACCAUCCGCAUGAGCUUUGUCAAGGGCUGGGGGGCUGAAUACCACCGUCAGGAUGUGACCAGCACCCCUUGCUGGAUUGAAGUCCAUCUGCAUGGACCGCUACAGUGGCUGGACAAGGUGCUCACACAGAUGGGUUCCCCACACAACCCCAUCUCUUCAGUAUCAUAACAUGAAUCGUGUCUCUCGGUCUCACACAGGUAGUCGUUGAUUCUGUAUGUUUCGCUCUAUUUUCUGUCUCACUCUAAUGAGGCAUCUCACAAAAAUGACAAAUGUAGCAUUUUGUCCUUUUAAGCUUUAAAAAUUGUCAUUUAAUUUCAUUAUGAUGAAGCCUUGAUCUUUAAUUUAGUUUCUAUUGAGACGUGGAACUGCACAUUACAUAAAAAUGGGAUAUAUUUGGAGGUACUUAAAUGUUACAUAUUAGUGUUUUGUGCUGUAUUUCUAUAUGCUGACCAAUGUUUGAAUGUACUGGUUGCUUUGAACCUUUUUUGUUACUUUAAUCAUUAGAUUUGUCAUUUGUUUAAACAAUGUGUUUGAAUCAUGUUUUUCAUAAAUUGAAUGUUUAAAGCUGCUCUUUUUCUCUCUUUCAAAAAUAAAGCUUGGCUCAUUUGG